AAUUGCGUUGUAAAGUAAAAAGGAAUGGAUCGCCUCACAAAAGAAGCCAAACCUUUUUAAUAAUAAUAAUAAUAAAAGAAAAAAUUUAAUAGCAACCUCUGAGCUACUGCCAUCUCUGUCCAGACGUCGAGGAAAUUUACGACUCCUCUGCCUUUUUUAGUAUCAGUUUUUAUUACUUACUAUUCAUUCCGAGGGCAGGCCUUACAGAGAGAGAGGAAAGAUCCAGAAGAAGGGGGGAGGGGAGGUAGUCCAUAUGAAGCCCGCUGCAGCAAAAAUGAUCCUCUUACACUCUUCCUCUUCCAUACACAGACUGCAGAAACAGGGUUACUACCGUUUAUGCGUUUUGGGUUUUAUCUCCUUCCUCACUCUCGCCUCCCUUGCCGCCCUUGUCACAAAGGGAGCACAGCACUUGGCCACCGGCGACUCCGCCUCCUCCUCUUUUUCUCCUUGGGGACAUGGAUCCGACAUGGAAAAGGGGCAGAAGAUCCCUCAAGACAUAGUCCAUGCCCUGCUUCACUACUCCACCUCCAACUUGACAGGGGGCAUGACAGUACGCGAGAUGAGGGCCAUAGCAGAUGUCUUGGUACGCAGAUGCCCCUGCAAUCUUUUGGUGUUCGGUCUCGGCCACGAGAGCUUGGUCUGGAGGGCACUAAACCAUGGAGGCCGGACGGUUUUCCUGGACGAGAGUGAGUACUGGAUUGCCCAUAUUGAGAAGAGGCAUCCUGGUAUCGAGGCCUACGACGUCCAAUACACCACCAAGGUUGCCCAAAAGGAGGAUCUGAUGAGGGCUGCAAAGGAACAGGUGGGUGGAGACUGUAGACCUGUUCAGAACUUGCUUUUUUCUGAAUGCCCUCUCGCCAUAAAUGACCUCCCAAACGAGCUAUACCAGGUUCCGUGGGACGUUGUACUGGUGGACGGUCCCCGUGGUUACAGCCCGUUGGCACCCGGCCGAAUGUCGGCCAUAUUUACUGCUGCCGUGCUCGCCAGGAGCACCAAGAAAGGGAGCCACAUGCCCACCCAUGUUUUUGUUCAUGACUUUAAUAGGGAUGUGGAGAGGGCUUACAGCAACCAUUUCUUGUGCCCUGAGAACAUGGUGGUUCUGCCCGCAGGGGCUGAGAUGCUGGCGCACUUUACAAUCCACGGCACUGGGGAUGCUGCCGUGUCCGGUUUCUGUAGAAAUAACGACAGCACCACUAUCUCCUCCUCUUAGGUUAUUUUCGUCACCAUGUACUGGAAAAAAAUUCCAUUUUUCCUCUCUCUUGUUGCUAUAUUGUUAAUGGUGUAUGUAUUAUUAAUUUUGAGGUAAACAAUUGUUCAUAUAUGUGAUGCGCGGCCGAUAUCUGUCUUGUUUUC